CGCUCAUAAACUGCUCGGCUGGUCGUUGCUUCUCUCAAAUUGCGCCAGUGUACUUGCUUGGGAGAGAAAUCCGCCAUUUAGGACUUGGCCAUGGGCAGUGUAUCCUACCGGCACAUAAUAUGUGCUGAGAUCGUCUCCGUCACUACGGUGAUGCGGAGGAACUCCAGAUGGGCCAACACUACCGUGACGCUAAGUGGAUACGACUCCGCCCUCGCGAGUAGCUUGGGGCUGCGGAUAGCCGGACCUUCGCAUCCCAUCCAGCCCAGCGGGAGGGGAGGUCGCGAGAGGGACCUGAUGUCUGGCUUCCAGGUUCUCAAGAGGACUGUACAAGACGCAGAUGAUGUCCUAGCGCUCCCGCUAACGACCGUACUCGCUCCCUUCCUGGCCAUCAUUCGCUCGCCUCUCUCAACGGGACCUAUCACUUCUGCUGCACUUUCUUCUGUCCACGCGUUCUUCCAAUGCGAGCUCAUACGUCCGGAGGCCCCGGGGUUAGAGCCGGCGCUCGCGGAGAUGAGCAAUACCGUCUCGAAUUGCAAGUUCGAGGCAAGCGAUUCUUCGGGAGACGAGGCCGUGCUGCUCAAGAUCAUGUCUGUCAUCGAAGAUUGCAUGUGUGGCAAUGUCGGGCGGCGACUAGGAGAUGUCGAGGUGUGCGAGAUGCUUGAGACCGUGUUGACUACCUGCUGCCAGAUGCGGCUUAGCGAGAUCCUGCGGAGGUCCGCGGAACUCACCAUACACAACAUCGUGCGCAAGCUCUUUGGACGGUUACAGGAGCUAGAUCCGGAGAUCGAGGAGGAGAAAUUGCAACAAGUCAAGAUGACGGUCCAGACAGACGUGCGGCCAUCGGGAGACGGAGGGUCCGAGGCUCAUUCAGACGUACCCGCCGAUGCUUCUUCCGCCAGUGCUGCUCCUACGCCGGAGUUGCAGGUCGAUGCGCCAUAUCAACAGACGCCCGAAUAUGGGCUACCCGCCAUUGUCGAGCUCAUGCGCGUGCUUGUCAACAUCCUCGAUCCCAAUGACAAGCUGCAUACGGACUCCACUCGUCUCGUCUCGCUGCGCAUCCUCAAUGAAGCCUUCGAGACCUCAGGGACGCAGAUUGGUCAAUUCCCCUCCCUCUCAGCGCUCGUCGUAGACCACGGGUGCAAAUACCUCUUCCAACUCGCCCGGUCCGAUAACACAACCGUGCUCCACUUUGCCCUCCGGACCAUCAGCGUCAUGUUCCAAACCAUGCCCACGAAAUUGAAGCUUCAGCAGGAGCUCUUCCUAGCCUUCACCAUCGAUCGCCUCGCGCCGCCUAUACCGCCAGGCUUCAAACCGACUCGCGCGAACAGCGCUAACGCCGUUUCCAGGGUCCCGUCCCGGCCGGGAACUCCACAGGUUGCCCAGCCUUCAGACGGUGUAGAAGAUGCCGGCUCCGUCCCGGCCAGGCCCGCUGUCGCCCCUGCUCGAGGCGAGACGCGCGAGCUGAUGCUGGAGACGCUGAGCCAAAUUGCCCGCCAGCCGAGUCUUAUGGUGGACCUGUAUACCAAUUAUGACUGCGACAUCAACUGCGAGAACUUGUUCUCAAGAUUGAUCGACUUCCUCGUCAAGGGUGUCUAUCCAUCGCCUUAUUCAGGACCGCAGGAGCCUUUCCAGCGCAAUGCUCAGUUCAUCUGCCUCGAAGUGCUACUUGCGUUCGUAAAUCAUAUGACCGUACGCGCACAUACGACAGCGGAACCAUGGCCAUCGAACUGGCCCACACCGGAAGAACUCAAGGGGAACAAGUCGCGCAAGAACCUAGUUAUGGCGGGUGCUGCACGAUUCAACCAAAAGCCGAAAGCCGGUCUCGCGUUCCUGGAAGAAAAUGGCCUCAUUUAUGCCGACCUCGGGCCGGACGUGACUAAGGCGCAGAGCUUGGCCAGGUUUCUCAAGAGCUGUACUAGGAUAGACAAACGGUUGUUGGGCGACUUCAUCUCGAAACCGGACAACAUCGAGAUCCUCAAAGCAUUUAUCGGCCUUUUUGACUUUAAGGGUAAACCGAUUGCGGAAGCCUUGAGGGAAAUGUUGGAGACCUUUCGGCUCCCCGGAGAAUCACAACAAAUAUCCCGUAUCACCGAGACGUUCGCUGAGAUAUACUUUGCUUCGGGUCCGGCUGAGAUAAAAAACCAGGAUGCGGUCUAUGUCUUGUCGUACUCGGUGAUCAUGCUGAAUACUGACCUCCAUAACCCGCAAAUCCGGAAACGCAUGUCAUUUGAGGAUUACCAGCGUAACUUGCGCGGCGUCAACGACGGCGCCAACUUCUCUGACGAGUUCCUGCAUGACAUCUAUAACUCUAUCCGCAAGAGGGAAAUUGUCAUGCCAGAGGAACACACUGGGCAGCUCGGUUUCGAGUACGCGUGGAAGGAGCUCCUCACACGCUCUCGACAAGCUGGUGACCUCAUGAUGUGCAAUACUUCACAGUUCGAUGCCGACAUGUUCAAGGCGGUCUGGACCCCGGUCAUCUCCGCCAUCGCGCAUGCCUUCAUCACUUUCGACGAUGACUAUGUCAUCGAACGUGCGAUAUCGGGAUUCAGGCAGUGCGCCACGCUCGCCGGACAUUUCCAAAUGCCCGACGUGUUCGAUUACAUUGUCGUCUCACUUUCCCCAGCGACGAACCUCGUAUCGGACGGGGUACCGGCGAAGCUACCGAACUACGCGGUGGUCGAUGUAGACGGGCAACAGGUCACCGUGUCCUCGUUGUCUGUUGAGUUCGGCACGAACGUCAAGGCACAACUUGCUGCGGUUGUCUUGUUCAACAUAGUCAACGGCAACGGCAAUGCCUUAAGGGAAGGUUGGACUCAGAUCUUCGAGAUGUUCCAGACCCUGUUCUUGCAUACGCUGCUACCCAAACGCAUGCUCCACAUGGAGGACUUCCUUGGCGGAACCACCAUGAUACCCCUCCGAGGCAGUCAACCUGCGCGCCCCGCACCUAGGAAUGAGGGUGGCUUGCUUUCGGCGUUAUCGUCGUAUCUGAUGACACCUUAUGGUGCCAGUUCGGAGGAUCUCGUUCCGGAGGCCAGCGAGACCGACAUCGAGAACACGCUUUCCACGAUCGACUGCAUCGCGGCAUGCAGGUUGGACGAGCUUUACGGACAGAUCACACAAUUAAACGUGGACGCCCUUGUAGCGGCCUUGAAAGCGCUCGAGGCGUUAGCCCACGAACGGACCGUUGCCCGCUUGAAGCAAGAGUCGGACGAAGUCGGCUCCGUCUCACCCGCGCUUGAUGGAUGGCAGCACGUGCUGCCCUAUGAUCCUGCUUCGGUGUUCCUGCUCGAGACGAUGGUCAGCAUCGCAUCUCAAACGCCGCAGCACAUCGAGGAAACAUGGUCGAUCAUUGUCGAGCACAUAACGCUCCUGUUGUCCAAUCCGACACAGUACAGCAUCUUACUGAUCGAACGCGCGGUUCUUGGCCUGCUGCGCAUGUGUCGACUGCUCGCAGCCAAGCCUUCCUUACGCGACCAAAUAUACGUCUCGUUUGACUUACUUGCUCGACUGCCGCGGACAAUCACAAGCGCGGUCGCCGAACAGGGAAUCAUUGGGCUGUCGCUGAUCAUCAAGGAGCACCCCACGAUCAUUCGAUCGCAUACCGAGUGGAAUAUCGCGUUCGCCCUACUCCGCUCUAUGAUGACCAACAUGGAAGCCUCUCGCUUGGGAUUCGACUUCCUGACCAAGCUCGUCUCUGACGACAUGGUCACCCAGGACAACCUCGAGGGACUGGUAACGGCGCUGGAAGACUUUGCUAACAGGGCGGGCAUGGUCACAUUGGACCACCAAAGACAAGGCGGUCGGCACACGCCACUAACGUCCGCAGACUCACCAAUAAUGGAACGAGGACUUAAGGCCAUCGACCAGCUGGUCGAACUGAAGAAGGCUAUUUCAUCGCUCGCGCAAGCCGGCCUGGCCACUGACCAAGUUUGGCCGACACUCGCCCUCCCUCUCCUCGCCUGCCUGGCGCGCCAAGGCGCGAACCCCGCGCGCGAGAUCCGGCAGGCGGCGCUAGCGCAGCUACAGCGGCUACUGCUCGGCCCGCAGCUCGGACUCGCUCAGGGAGAGCAGGUCGAGCAAGUGUUCGACGCGGUUGUGUUCCCGCUGCUCGAGCGCCUGCUGGACCCGGACACGCUCCGUGCAGAUCCACAAGGCAUGCCGGAGACGCGGCUGCGCGUGAGCAAUCUUUUGUGCAAGGCGUUCAUGCAGUUCGAGGUACGCGACGGCAAACCGACGGCGGAUGUGAAGCGGAUAUGGAUCCAAAUACUAGACUUGUUAGACCGGAUGAUGAACGUGGACAAAAAGGAUCAGCUGCACGAGGCGGUACCGGAAACAUUGAAGAAUGUCCUGCUCGUAAUGCACGCAGCGGGUGUGCUCGCACCGCCGACGCUGGAGGACACGAGGGAUGAGCGUCAGCGGGCCUUCUGGGAGGUAACGCAGGAGCGUGUCGAUCGGUUCCUGCCGGGCAUGAUCGACGAGCUCUUCCCACCGCCGCCUCCACCCCAAGAGCCUGCCACUGCCGAUCCAGCUACCCCGCACCCGGCCGAGUUCCGAAGUGCCGAGGUGCCAGCCGCGGGACCAUGAGAUCUUGCUGAUCGUUUUCUCUGCACGUCUGCUCACACGGUGGUUCUGAUUCAAUAAAAUAUACUGUGCUCAGUUGCAUGUAAUCUGUAUGAAU